AUGAACUCAGCACACCUACCUAGACACCCACGCACCCUUCUCUUAACGCUUGACGCCUUCGGUACUCUCUUCCACCCGCGCCUCCCCGUCCCUGAUCAAUACGCGACGACCGCGCAUGAAUUCGGAUUGUCCCGCACAGCCAUAACCCCGGACCGUCUCAAGACCGCAUUCAAGGAUACCUUUAAAGCUCAGACGCGUAAAUACCCGAAUUAUGGCCGUGCUGAUGUUCUCCGUGGUCAGUAUAAUGGGCCUCGACAAUGGUGGGAGGAGGUGAUUCGGGGAAGUUUCGCGCGUGCAUUAGCUGAGAAUGAUGGAGAGGCACGAUUGGCGCAAACAAGCCUCCAGAUGGGCGGCACCAACGAGAAUAUUGAUCUCCCCUCUGGCCUGGUUGAUUCCCUACUGGAUCGAUUCGCUGGAUCACAGGGCUAUGCGCUUUAUGAUGAUGUGGCACCCUUCUUCCGCCGCAUGCGCGAACUGAAGACAAGUGGGAAGAGUCCAUUUGAAAAUAUCAUUGUUGGGGUUGUUUCAAACUCGGAUGACCGCAUUCCUGCUGUGUUAAAGUCACUAGGCGUGCGAGUAGGCGAUAUGCGCGCUGACCAAGACCGUUCCAGCAUGGAACUUCCUGGGUUUGAGGAGCGCCAAGACACGCAAACCACAACGGAUGGGCAACAUCCUCACGAUGUUGACCUCGUAGUUACGAGCUACGAAGCGGGUGCAGAGAAGCCUCAUCGACUAAUUUUUGAUGUGGCGAGGCGACAGGCUCAAUUGCUUGCCAGUCCGUCGAUGAACAGCGAGACCAACAUGCUCUCUGCACAUGUGGGCGACGACUACGCGAAGGACUAUCGUGCUGCUAGAGAUGCAGGCUGGGAGAGCUACCUCCUUCCUCGAGACCCGUCUCAGAAGAACCCCAAUGCAGUAAAAACAUUAGACUCUCUGACAGAGCUGGUCACCCAGUUGGAAAGUCUGUCGUGA